UUGGCGGAGAGAGUCACAGUCGGUAUUACGUCAUAAGGGAUUCUAUCGCACUAGCCCCGCGAGGCAUUACCAAGCAACCGUCUCUGAAACACUGAGAUACAUAAAAGAUCUCUUUCUAACUGCAAGCCUCAUUUCAGACUUUAAAGUACUUGUAAAGUCAUGUCUCACACCAUUUUAAUUACCGGCGUCUCUGGCUACUUGGGAGGUUCACUCCUCACUCAAUUGACCCGCACUAACCUCCCUCCACACAAAAGGCUUUACGCUCUUGUUCGCUCCAAAGAGCAAGCAGAAGCAGUCAGACGCUAUGACUCUGAGCCCCUAAUCCUUGAUCUUCGAGACGAAGAACGCGUUACCAAAAGCAUCAUUGAUGCAAAGAUAUCGAUCAUUUACUUCCUUGUUGAUGCGGUCAAAUCUGAGCAUCAGAUCACUAUGAUCAAAGCUCUCGGCGAAGUCAAGAAUCAGACGGGCCAGGACGUGCAUUUCUUACAUACUACUGGCGCGAAAAUGUUCAGCCAACAUGCUGGCUUUCCAACCGACCGGAAGAUCCUUGACACGGAUUCAAAGCUUUAUGAACUCCAGAAGAGUGCAGAACCCCCUCAUGAGAUUAUGGCGCAGGCCCUCAGCACGAACAACACCAUCAUCGAGACCGCCAAGUCUUACCGUGUACGAAGCUACCUUUUCAUCCCUUGCAUAGUGUACGGUGAGGGCGAGGGAUUCGGAAACCGUAUUUCUAUCCAGACAACUGCUGUUAUCAAAUCCGCCAAGAACCUCCGAGCAGUGUAUCAUGUCAACCCCGAAGGCGCGAUAUGGCCUGUUUGCCAUGUUCGCGACACUACGGCACUGUACGUAGAGCUCCUACGCAGCAUCCUGUCAGGAGAAGACCUAGAAUACGGUCAAAAUGGGUAUUACCUCGCUUCAUCUGGAAGUGUGGCCUGGGCUGAUAUAUACUCUGCCAUAGCAAAGGCGCUUGCACGGCGCAACGUGGUAGACAGCGAAGUGGUCAAGAGGGCAGACGAUGCGACCCUGGCAAAGAUGGGGGAGGCAUUGAAUUGCCCAAAAGAAUUGGUUGUAGUGCAGCUGGGUGGCACAUGCACACUAGGAACCGAUCGAGCCUACAGAGUUGGCUGGGAGCCGAAGUGUUCACCUGAAUACAUUCUUGACGCAGCAGACGCGGAGGUGGAACUUGUCCUGAGGAACAUUAAAAACUGAGCGUUCAUCAAUGCUAGCAUCAAUCUUCGGCUGGAAAGAUGUCGAGUUUGGUAUAGACAUCAGUUCACUGACAUCCCAAUGCUUUGAAAUUGUCUGGUACUAGAUAGGUACGCGCUUGACCUGCGUCCGCUUUCCCUUUCGUUCCUCGUGAGAUUGUACCAGAGCCCACUGAACCAUACGUGUAAUCGUCCGUAUGUCAUCCCAUACGCCAU